UGAGCAGGAGUAGUGAAGAUGGCCUCCCAAGUGUGUCAGAACUACCACAAGGACUGUGAGGAUGCUAUUAACAAGCAGAUCAACUUGGAGCUCUAUUCCUCCUAUGUUUACCUCUCCAUGUCCUCUUACUUUGACCGGGAUGAUGUUGCCCUGCGUCACUUUGCUGAGUUCUUCAAGGAGCAGUCCCAUGAGGAACGGGAACACGCUGAGAAACUGAUGGCAUUCCAGAAUAAACGUGGAGGCAGAGUCCUCCUGCAGGAUGUCAAGAAGCCAGAGCAGGAUGAGUGGGGCAAUGGUCUGGAGGCAAUGCAGAGAGCUCUGCAGAUGGAGAAGGAUGUGAACCAGAGUCUGCUGGAUCUGCACAAACUCUCCUCUGACCACACGGACCCUCAUCUUUGUGACUUCCUGGAGAGGCACUACUUGGAUGAGCAAGUGAAGAUGAUCAAGAAGCUGGGAGAUCACAUCACCAACCUGAAGAGACUGGGAGCCCCUGAGAAUGGCCUGGGAGAGUACCUGUUUGACAGGCUCACCCUGGGGGAGAGUGACUGAACUGUUUAGUACUUGGCUUGUGUAGUUGAAAUUGUCCUGUAAUGACAGAUUUUGGCUUGAUGUUAAUGACAGCUCAACAGUAAAUAAACUGCUCAAUAGACAAGAUGGUGUUAAAUGGGUGCCUGUUCUUAAACACAAGACCAGUACACUGGGCUACUUCAGUUUUAUCAUGAGCUUGCUGCAAAAUUUUUUUAAAAAUACCCAACUCCUUCCUUGACAUUUUU